UCGUUUAAUGAUUCGCAUAUAAUCAGAUAGCAUUCCAUCGUGUCACUGUCAGUCAGUAUGGCCGUCUGCUAUGCUCUGAAGCAAUUUCAGAGGUUUUAGUCGAGGUACGAAACGUAACUUGGAAUUUCAAUCGUAAAGAGUGAAAAGAGAAGUGAGGAAGAAAAAUGGUCGUGGGCGUUUUCCCGGCUCUCAAAUUAGGAGUCUUGUUCGUCAAACAGAUCAGUAAACCACUUGCGAAAUUCCUUGUUAACCAAGCAAAGAAUCACCCGGUGUUCCGGACGUAUUUUAUCAUACCACCCGCUCAAUUUUAUCAUUGGGCAGAAGUGAAAGCUAAGAUGUAUGUAAUGAACCUGGGUAAGCCUACGAAAGUUGCGAAGUUGAACGAAGCUAUGGCCAUAGAAUUAGGAGCAAAUCUGAUGGGUGAAGUAGUCAUAUUCAGUGUCGCUGGUGGUUGUUUAAUACUGGAGUACAAUCGCCAAGUGGCGAAAGAGGCCAAGAAGGAGGAGGCGAGACUGGCACAAAUACAACUAUUCACAGACCAGAUAGAGAAUUUGAGUCAAGUUACGACUCGACAGGAGAACCAAAUCCAGUACUUGGAAGAAGCUGUACAAGAAUUAGCGAAACACACAAAGCAUAAAUUGGUUGCGAAACCAAAAGUAAUAGAAAUAAAUGAACAAGGACAGCAGCUGUCUAAUAUUAGCGAGAAUCCAAACAAAAGUAACAAUCCAGACGGUGAUAAAGCGUCAAUAAUUGAACGUGCUAUAGUUUAUUAUGAAAACAAUGUAAAGACGGACAAACUCAGUUAACUGAUAUUUCAUCUGAAAUUCGUCGUGAUAGUAUAUGAACAUAUUCGUGACAUAGUGUAAAUAAGAGACAGUUUUCUCUCUUUCUCUACAUAUAUACAUAUAUGUAUGUAAACUGUGUAUAUAAUUGAAACUAUCUAUUACACUUUAUACAUUACAUUUUUAUACAUUAUCAUUGUGAAUAACUCAGUAUUUUCUAUUUAUAGAUAUAUAGUUUCGUAUUCUCUUUUUUUUAAUCAUCAACAGCUCUCGAAAAUACAUAGUCUCGUAUAAAAAUACUUUACAUCCAUAAAAUACGUGCCAGUUGUACUAUUUCAGGCGGCAGUGACCCUACUUAAAUCCAAUUGUAUCGCACAUGCGAGGGGUACAAUAAUAACAAUGAUAAUAAAAUUGAA